AUGUCGAAUUUUAUUCUGUACUGUACCGUUGUCGUUUUCAUUGUUGUCGAUGCUAGUGACACUAGCUGUUCUGAGGAGGACGAUGAUACAACAUCUCCUGCAAGCGAUUUUAUCGUGAAGGAAAGUGAAGCUGUCCCAGGAAACCCAUUGACGCGCAGUCUUCUGAAGGAAAAGGUGGAACAGCCCAAUCCACGCUUCAAAAGGGAGUGGGGAGCCGGGGUUGCUUUUGACGGCUUAUUUCGGCUGGGUGACAUUGCAGCAAAAUGA